AUGAUGAAGAGAGAAAGAGAAGGAGAGGAGAAUAAUAAGGAUAUUACCAUCAUGGCCAACUAUUUGAUGCUAUUAUCGAGCGCCGGGCAACGAGUCGACUCGAGUAGCACAAAUCGCGUGUUCACGUGCAAAACGUGCGACCGGAAGUUCACGUCUUUUCAAGCCCUAGGCGGCCACCGAGCGAGCCACAAGAAACCGAGACUCUUGGACGGUGGGGCCCACGUUGAUCUUCAUAUUCCACCGCCAUCCCCGCCGAAGCCGAAGACCCACGAGUGCUCGAUAUGCGGGCUCGAGUUCCCGAUCGGCCAAGCGCUCGGGGGCCACAUGAGGAGACACCGGACGAGCUCUAGUGGCGGUGAAGAUCACUUUGUGAAGAAACUAUUAAUGCCGAACAACAACAAGAGGGUUUUGUGCCUAGAUUUAAACUUGACUCCAGUGGAGAACAAGUUUGUUUUUGGCAAGGUUGAUUCGUUUUGCUGGUGA